AUGGAUCAUUAAGCUUUAAAAAACGAUCUCCUCUAAUUAGGAUUUGAAGAGGCUUUAGUAGAUUAAGCUUUAGCUCUUACAUAAGAUAAAGAAAAGGCUGUUGAGCUUAUAUUUUAAUUUUAAGAAGAUUUAAACAAAGGUGGUUAACCAGAUUUAAGUAAAGUAAAUUUAUUAGGAGAUCUCUCUCCUGAUUAACUCCUUGGAAUGAUUCCUGCUAACCAGAAGCAAUCUUCAAAAAAUAUAGGCAGCAUCUAAGUUAAAGAUAUGACAUAUCCCAUGGGAGAAGAUGUUGAUGAAGUUUAUUACAAGAUGGUCUUUUUAGUUAGAAUGGAUCUUAAGAUGGGUACAGGUAAAAUAGCUGCUUAAACUGGACAUGCAGUUUUGGGAGCUUAUUAACAAUUGGAAGAACGUGCCGAUGAACGUGAAGUAGAAUAAAUUCUUGACAAUUGGGAGGAAUGUGGUUGCCCUAAAAUUGUUUUAAAAGUAGACUCUAAAGACUAGCUUCUUGAAUUAGAAAAGAAAGCUGUUGAUGCAGGUCUAAAUACCUAUGUAGUAUGUGAUGCAGGAAAAACUUAAGUUGAACCUGGUAGUAUUACAGUUUGUGCUAUUGGUCCAGCAAGAGCAGAUAUUAUAGAUUCUAUAACUGGACACCUCAAAUUGCUUAAUUGA